AUGACAGCCACUAACGGUGUGAACGGAACCAAGGCGCCAAAGCCUACAUUCCCUGCCGAGGCCGCAACAAGGGAAUAUGCGGCAUCGCUCGACAAGGCAGAUCCUUUGCGCGCUCUCCGCGAUGAAUUUAUCAUUCCUUCUAAAGCUAACCUUGCGACCAAGAAACUAGCGAAGCCUGGGCUUUCGUCUGAUCCAAGCAUUUACUUUUGCGGCAACUCGCUUGGUAUCCAGCCAAAGGCGAUAGCCAAGUACAUGGAGGCUCAACUGGACACUUGGGCCUCGAUCGGCGUCUGUGGCCACUUCACCAAGCUCGAAGACUCUCCACUUUCAGAGUGGCAGUUGCUCUCAGAGCAGGCCUCAGCAUCCAUGUGUAAAAUUGUGGGCGCUGCACAGGAAGAAGUCGCUGCCAUGGGUACCUUGACGACGAACCUGCAUCUUCUCCUUGCCAGUUUCUACAAGCCUACUGAGUCGCGCAAGAAGAUCUUGAUGGACUGGAAGGCAUUCCCUAGUGAUCAUUACGCUAUUGAGUCGCACAUUGAAUGGCAUGGCCUCGACUCAAAAGAGAACAUGGUCCUCAUUGGACCCGAUGAAGGCACAUAUGAAAUCUCCACAGAUAAGAUUCUUUCGUACAUUGACAAGCAUGCUAGCGAUGCCGCUGUUCUUCUUCUUCCCGGCAUCCAGUACUAUACUGGCCAAUUCUUCGACAUCCCUACCAUCACCAAAUAUGCCCAGGACCGUGGCCUCAUUGUGGGCUGGGAUUUGGCCCACGCGUACGGUAACGUCGAGGUUAAGCUCCAUGAGUGGAACGUGGACUUUGCCGCCUGGUGCACGUACAAGUACGGGAAUGCAGGACCUGGCGCGAUGGCCGGUCUCUUCGUGCAUGAGCGCCAUGGCAAGGUGGACUACAGCCAAGGCGAGGACUCCCCUCAGUUCCGUCAUCGUCUGACUGGCUGGUAUGGCGGCGAUCGCUCGGUUCGAUUCAAGAUGGACAACAAGUUUAAACCCAUUCCUGGCGCCAACGGCUAUGUGAUCUCCAACCCGUCCAUCAUUGACCUGACCACCCUCUGCGCCGCUCUCUCGGUCUUUGACAAGACUACAAUCACUGAUCUGCGCCAAAAAUCAUUCAAGUUGACUGCGUACCUUGAGUUCCUCCUUCUUAAGGAUACUACGGAUGCAGACCGCCAGUUCUCCAUCAUCACCCCAUCAGACCCCCAUGCUCGUGGAGCUCAGCUGAGUGUGCUGCUCAAGCCGGGGCUCUUGCAUAAUGUGGCGCAGCGUCUGCAGGAUGCGGGUAUCAUCUGUGAUAAGCGGGAGCCUGACGUGGUUCGAGUAGCUCCCGUCCCCCUGUACAACACUUUCGAGGAGGUGUUUACAUUUGUUGAGAUCUUUAAAAGUGCCCUGUCUGAGUAA